CUCUGUUUGUCCCUGAGAACGUUUCAAGGACAAACCUGUUGAUGUGAGCAGCGAGACGGACGAGACACCGAGCGGAACGGGAGACGAGGAUAGAAGAAAAAGGGAAGAAGUUGACAAAUGAAUGCGUCCCGGGGAAGAAAAAGAGUGAGCAGAGACGAUGCAGUCUAGCGUGAGGUGUUGAGAAAGAGGCUGUAGUAUGUUCCAGAGUUGUAAGGCGGCAGGGAGGGAAAUAAACGGGAGGGGGAGGAGGGAGGGAGGGAAACGGAGAAGGAGGGAGGGAGGGGAGAGAACGAGAGGAUAAAUCCUUACUACAUAAUGAUUAGAGCUCACAAGCCCUUCCUGUGACACAGAGUGUAGGAGUCGGGAUUACAGCCGGCCAGUGAAGCCAGAGUGACAGCUCUGCUGAUGGAGGAAGGAGGAGCUCAGGUAAGACGAGACGAUCGGGACAACAAGUGACUAACAAAGGUGUGUUUCCAGGGAGAGGGAUCCAGGAACAUUUUCUAAGAAGAUAUUUCCAAAACUCCCCGGCGGCUGGUUCACAUCUGUCCCCCUGCCCCCGGCCAUCUGUCGCCGGCCACGUUUCCCAGGCUGCUGGAUCAUCUCUUCCAGAGUCCUUGGUGUUUUUUUUGUUUUUGAUGGAGCGGCCGCAAGGGCGCCGCUCGCACCAGAGGAGGGCGAAGAAGAAGGGAGAUGGGGAAAUUAAGACGAGGGUCACCCCUGCACAAGCUGUGAUGGAUGGGACCCGCAGUGUGGACAGGUGUCUCAGCCAAUUAUGGAGUACAUCUGUGUCUGUGUGAACCGGGCAACGACAACACAAGGAGGACGAGACUGACGGGGGGGUUUGAACGCUGAGGAUUUAGUUUUUUUGCUCUGAUUUAUAACACGGUGUAAGUUUCUGGCAGCUUCCGGAGCUGUUUUCUGAGGAGUUAUCUCCCCCCUGCUUUACUGUACACAUAAAUAUGCACGCUGACGGGUUCCUCCUCAAAGCAUUCUGGGACGUUUCACUUGAAAUGCUGCUUCUGAGGUAACUUUUAAUUCUAAGCUGGAACAUUUAGCCAAGAGCUCAACUGUGGACAGCCACGAUUUGUUCAUCUGCCUCCUCCGGCACCUGCUCACUUCGAUUCCCCUAAAUCACUCCGUCCAUCCUCCUCCUGCUCCUCCUCCUCCUCUUCUUCUUCUUCUUCUUCUCCCCCCCCCCCCCCCCCCCUUUUCCACCAGCGAGUGAUAAUGUGACCUUCUGCCAAAAGUGCUGGAAACCAUGCCACCGUCGCAGCGGGCUCCUCUGUUGCUGCCACUGAAAUAGACUCAAACAAGUGCAGGGAGAGGAAGGGAGGAAGGGGAAGAGGACCAAAAGGAGGGGAAGAGGAAGAGGAGAAGAGGGCCAAAAAAAAAGAAAGGGGGAGAGAAACAGGAAAAAAGAAGACAGGACAGCUGAAGCCGCAGACACGGGAUGAGUGGUGACGAGCCGGGGCUGGAUGAGGAUUGCCAACACAGUAGGUGACUGAGAUGGGCGUUCGUCUAGGCUGCUUGAGCGACUCCCCGUGGUGGCCGCCGCCGCUGCUGCUGCUGCUGCUCCUGUUCUGCACCGUGCCCUUCUGUUCCGGCCGGCCCUUCGGGGUCCCCACGCCUUCUGUGAACGUGGCGGUGGUGUUCAGCGGCUCGGCCUACCAGACGGAGAUCAAGGGGCGGCUGAGCCGGGAGAACUUCAUGGACCUGCCCCUGGAGGUGAACCCCAUCACCGUGCUGGUCAACAACACCAACCCGCGGGCGCUGCUCACCCGCAUCUGCGACACCCUCUCCACCAACCGCGUCCAUGGCGUGGUGUUCGAGGACAAUGUUGGCUCGGAGGCUGUGGCGCAGAUCUUGGACUUCAUCUCCACCCAGACGGCUGUGCCCAUCGUGGGCAUUAGCGGAGGCUCUGCGGUCGUCCUGCCAUACAAGGGUGAGGGCUCCAACUUCCUCCAGCUGGGCUCCUCCAUCGAGCAGCAGAUCAACGGCAUGUUCAAGGUGAUGGAGGAGUACAACUGGGACAGCUUCGUGGUCAUAACCAGCCUGUACCCGGGCUACGAAACCUACGUGGAUUACGUUAAGUCCUUCAGCGACACCAGCUACUUCAUAUGGGACCUGCAGGACGUGCUGACCUUCGACAUGUCCGCCGACGGCAUGAACGACGUCCGGGCGCGGAGGCUGCUGCAGCAGAUCGACGCCCAGGUGCUGCUGGUCUACUGCUCCCACGAAGAGGCCCAGUACCUGUUCAGCAUGGCGGCCGAGUCCAGGCUGGUGGGGCCGGGCUACAUCUGGAUUAUCCCCAGCCUGGCGGUGGGGAACCCGGACAUUACCCCACCUGAGAGCUUCCCCGUGGGGCUCAUCAGCAUCAUCACGGACCGGUGGAGGAUGAGCCUGAGGAAGAGGGUGCGGGACGGCGUGGCCAUUGUGGUGAAAGGUGUGCAGAGCUUUCAGAAACAGAGGGGCUUUGUUCCCGAGGGCCAGAGCGACUGUCUCAACCCCGUCAAGCCAACUGCUGCAAACAACACUCUGUUCAGGCACAUGUUGAAUGUAACCUGGGAGCACAACGACUUCUCCUUCAACAGCAACGGCUACCUGGUGAAUCCAGCCAUGAUCAUUAUCACUCUGGACCGAGAGAGACAGUGGGACAAGGUGGGGACCUACGAGAUGGGGAUGAUGCAAAUGAGAUACCCGGUGUGGCCGCGGUACGGCUCCUACCUGGAGCCGGUGUCGGACUACAGACAUCUGACGGUGGCCACGCUGGAGGAGAGGCCCUUUGUCAUCGUGGAGUCAGUGGACCCGGCGACCGGGACAUGUGUCAGCAACACCGUACCCUGCCGACGACAGUCCAACAAGACGGAGACCAUUGUGGGUCACACCGAGCCGUACACUAAGCUGUGCUGUAAAGGCUUCUGCAUAGACAUCCUGAAGAAGUUGUCCCGCACCAUAAAGUUCUCCUACGACCUCUACCUGGUCACCAACGGCAAGCACGGCAAGCUGGUCCGGAGCAUUUGGAACGGGAUGAUCGGAGAGGUGUUCUACAAGCGGGCGGACAUGGCCAUCGGCUCGCUGACCAUAAACGAAGAGCGCUCCGAGAUCAUCGACUUCUCGGUGCCGUUUGUGGAGACGGGGAUCAGCGUGAUGGUGGCCAGGAGUAACGGGACCGUCUCACCCUCUGCCUUCUUAGAACCAUACAGUCCGGCGGUCUGGGUGAUGAUGUUCGUCAUGUGUCUGACCGUCGUGGCCAUCACGGUCUUCGUCUUUGAAUACUGCAGUCCGGUCGGGUACAACCGCAGCCUGGUCAGUGCCAAAGAGCCCGGAGGUCCCACCUUCACUAUUGGGAAGUCCGUGUGGCUGCUGUGGGGGAUCGUCUUCAACAACUCGGUCCCCAUCGAGAACCCAAAGGGCACCACCAGUAAGAUCAUGGUCCUGGUCUGGGCCUUCUUCGCCGUCAUCUUCCUGGCCUCCUACACAGCCAACCUGGCAGCCUUCAUGAUCCAGGAGCAAUACAUCGACACCGUCUCCGGACUCAGCGACAAAAAGUUUCAAAAGCCACAGGAGCAGUACCCUCCGUUCCGCUUUGGUACGGUCCCAAAUGGCAGCACAGAGCGCAACAUAAGGAGUAACUACCCCGAGAUGCACUCCCACAUGGUCAAAUACAACCAGAAGGGAGUGGAGGAUGCCCUGAACAGCCUCAAAACAGGGAAACUGGAUGCCUUUAUCUACGAUGCUGCCGUGCUGAAUUACAUGGCUGGCAAAGACGAGGGCUGCAAGCUGGUGACCAUUGGCAGUGGGAAAGUGUUUGCCACCACUGGAUAUGGCAUCGCCCUGCAGAAGGACUCACGCUGGAAGCGACUCAUCGACCUGGCCCUGCUCCAGUUCCUGGCUGAUGGUGACACUCAGAAGCUGCAGACCGUCUGGCUCACAGGCAUCUGCCGCAAUGAGAAGAAAGAGGUGAUGAGCAGCAAGCUGGACAUUGACAACAUGGCGGGGGUCUUCUACAUGCUGCUCGUAGCCAUGGGCCUCAGCCUGCUGGUUUUCGCUUGGGAACAUAUGCUUUACUGGAAACUACGCCAUUCAGUCCGCAAAGCAAAGCGCCUGAACUUCCUCCUGGCGAUCAGUCGAGGCAUCUACAGCUGCUUCAAUGGAGUGGAGCAAAGUGACCACAACGGCAGCAUGCCGAGUCCGGACGUCACCGCCAACUACACACAAGCCAAUAUGCUAAAGAUGCUGAGGACGGCCAAGGACAUGGUGUCCUCCGCCAGAGUGGAGAACUCUCUAGACAAUGCAACCAAAACAAUAGAGAACUGGAGCAGGCGGGGGGUCGACAAUGUGCGGGUUGGCCUGCCACCCAGAGUGACGACCACGGACAUGACUCACGGCCGUCUGCCCUACAUCUCCAGCAUCUCAGACAACCACUCGCCGUACCCUCAGAGGGCCCUCACACCCACCUUCCCGAUUCAUUAUGGAGACACUACCACCCAGCCCCUCCUGGAGAACCCCCGCGUGGUGACCCGACCCAUGCCGCUCCGCUACACGCUGCCCGCCCGCAACACCCAGCACAUCUUAGAGAGGACUCUGCCCAUCUCCAGCCUCAGCAGUCCUCACAUCGCCAUGCGGGACCCGGUUUCCUCUGCCACUUCCAACCCCCACCACGGCAGCAGGCUGUAUGUGGAGAACCAGGCCCGGCACCCGACGUCCCCGUUUGUUCCUUACAGGGAGUUCCAGGUGCCCGACAUCUACGUGGAGCACAAGGGGCCCCUGAGGAGGAAGUUUAGCUACCCGCCUGACAGCGUGAGCAGGAGGAGGCGGUCCCAUACCUACGUGUUUGACACUGCAGACCCCAGAGUGAGAGUCGACUAUGACGAACCUCGAUCCUGCCUUGCCGAGUUGAGGGCCAACCACCUUCUGAACAACCAUACUCCCGUUGCGGCUGCCAUGGCGUGCACUCCGGGACACUACCCAGGCGGCAGUUCAAGCUGCAACUCCUGUAUGAAGUCCUAUCUGGAGCCCGAAAUGGACGACGUACCGCUCCUGGGGAAGGACAAACUCAACCGCCGCGCCUCGUUCCUCAAAGCCACGUGGGGCAACGACAGGAUCCAUCAGGUAGACGAAACAAAGCCCUCCACAUCCAAAUCCUCCGCCCGUGUAGACAUGCCCGACAUGUUUCCUCGGGUGGUGGUGGCCAACCCAAAGCCCAACAAGCUAUACGGCAGUCUGGGGCACAACCUGUCCUGCUACCCGUUGGCUGCUGAGCCCGCAUACUUGGACCCAGCCCACAUGGGUUCCUACCCCUACAAGCAGAAGCUCAAAUACUCCGAGUCCACCCGGCUGCCCUCGUACAGGGAAGCCAUCCUGCAGAACGCCGCUGCCCUGCGCCGCUCCUCCUCCACGGUGGUGCACAGACACUACUCCACCUACCUGAACUCGUACACGGACUUACCGGUGUAUGUGGGGCCACUGGCCCAGAGACCCUCCCAGUACUACGACAGCUCCAAGGACAUGUGCCACUUGUUUCCCUGUGCAAGCCACUGCCCGGAUAACGCAGCGAUGCUGCCUCGUAUGGGUGACAGGCAGGUGCUUUACCACAACAAUAUGUUCGGGUCCUACGAUGGCACAGGAAAGAGGGAGGACCCAGGCUCUGGGAACAGAGAGCGGAGGCAGGUGUUGGUGGCGCGCAGAGUCAACAGUCCCUAUGUGCCAAAGCCCUGGGGCAGGGUAUCCAGCCUGGAGUCUGAGGUCUGAGCCCCCAUCCUUACUGGACCUCCACGUGGCUCGCAAACUGAGCCCCUCUAACGAGGGGCAUGCCUGGGAGGGGGGGUUCUCCCCUCGGCCUCUGGUUAAAGCAGAAAUGUAACUCUACACCAACAGUGUAUUUGAGAGUGUUGACUCUCAAUGAUCAGCGCAAUAAUAUCUUUGGCCACGAACAUAAAAGGAGAAGACACUGACGAGCAAAAUACUGCUGGGACUUUGUAAGCCAAACUUAAACUACUAGUAAAAGAAAAAGGAAAUGUUGAAAAGUAUUUAAUAGACAAGAAUUUAACCUGUUGAUUGUUAUUUAAAGGAUUUUUAAGUGCUGUGUUGCUAUGUGAACGAUUUCUGGGAGACAAUAUACUGUAGCCUCUCGAUCUGAUGAAGACUUGAGACAUUUCUUUUUUCUCAUUUUUUUUUUUCUCGUCAAAGUCAUUUCAGUACUUACCAUUUCAACUGAGAGAUGAAUUAUUAAGAUAAUUUUGGGAUCAAACCACUGACACGUGGUCUGAGAGUUUUCUAAGUCCACUUCCUGCGAGGGUUUCUGCUCCAUUAAAACCAUUAAAGAAAAGCAUCACGUGUAUUUCCAUUGUUCCACUACCCUUUAAUAAAGAACAAGGUCAUCUCAAGCA